AUGUCUUACUUGAGACCCCUCAUUUCCAUUGGAAAAUGUUUGCGGACAGCAAAUUUUCCCCAUCGAACUGUAAUACCAUCUCGUAUGGCUUCAACUAAUCCCAAAUAUUUCAAUGCGGAGGAACCUUAUGCUGAAUUUAAGGACCGCUUCAUCACGGCCUUCGAGAGGCCAGAUCUAGAUGGGUGGUGGUUGCGUCAUCAUCUUCAGAAAUUGCACUGUGAAGAUAUCAUUCCCGAACCAGAUAUUAUAAGGGCUAUAUAUCGGGCCUGCAGGAGACUCAAUGAUUUAGCUUUAGCUAUUAGGUAUACAGAAACCCUACGUCAUAAAUGCGAUAUAAAACCGGACCUUUUCCCUUGGUUAAUGCAAGAAGUUGCUCCAACAAUGAGGGAGCUUGGUAUUCCAACAUUGGAAGAACUCGGUUAUGAUCAGCCUGAAUUGUACACUCUUGAUUAUGAUGACUAA